GUAUCACAUUGUUGAAAAUAAAAAGGAGUGGGAGGAUACUCCAGCCUCACUCUGGGAGAGGGGUCGAGAGGUUUAUUAACGCCACAGAGCGUGGGUUGUAAAGUCUGUCUUUCAAGACACAGAAGGACACUCAAUCAACAUGCCAGAGCCAGUCAAAAAACCAGUCUCUGCCUUCAAAAAGAAACCUAAGACUACAGAAGCUGUAAUCGGAGGAGAUGCAGUGUUCAAGGCAGAGACAGAGAAGCCAGCUGCCAAGGUGAAAUGGCAACGGGACUCCACAGAAAUCACAGAUAGUGAUAAAUAUGUCAUCACCACAGACGGGAAUAAGCACUCACUCACCAUCAAAAAUAUCACUAAAGAAGACGGUGCAGUCUACGCUGUGAUUGCCGGGAGUUCAAAGGUCAAAUUUGAGCUCAAGGUGAAGGAACAAGGAGAGCAAAUUGAGAAUGGCUCCAGUGGCACUCAAGAUCCACCACCUGCUUCUGCAGAAGAGCAAGCUCCAUCUCCUGCUCCUGCUGAAGAACCUGCUGCUUCAGCAACACCAGCUCCUGCUGAAGAACCUGCUGCUCCAUCUCCUGCUCCUGCUGAAGAACCUGCUGCUCCAGCAACACCAGCUCCUGCUGAAGAACAUGCUGCUCCAUCUCCUGCUCCUGCUGAAAAAUCUGCUGCUCCAGCAACACCAGCUCCUGCUGAAGAACCUGCUGCUCCAUCUCCUGCUCCUGCUGAAAAACCUGCUGCUCCAUCAACACCAGCUUCUGCUGAAGAACCUGAUGCUCCAGCAACACCAGCUCCUGCUGAAGAAUCUGCUGCUCCAGCACCCACAGUUCCAGCUGAGGGGCAGCAGGAGAGUGCAGCACCUGAACAUUUGUCAGAGAACCAGCUGCCAGACACAAGGCAGGACCUUACUGGACUCUUCAUGGAGAAACCACAAAGUGGGGAGGUGAAUGUAGGUGGAAACAUCACAUUCACAGCCAAGGUGUGUUCCUCCACCCUCCUGAAGAAGCCCACUAUCAGGUGGUUCAAGGGGAAGUGGAUGGAUCUGGCCAGCAAGGCAGGGAAACACCUGCAGCUGAAGGAACUGUAUGACCGAAACACCAAAGUGUACACCUUUGAGAUGCAGAUCAUCGGUGCCAAGCCCAACUAUGCUGGUGGAUAUCGAUGCGAAGUGUCCUCCAGAGAUAAAUUCGAUAGCUGCAACUUUGAACUCACUGUGCAUGAUGCCCCAUCUGUUGGAGAGGUUGAUAUCCGUGCAGCAUUCAGACGCACUAGCAUUGAUGGUGGUGAGGAGGCUGGAGAGCUGGACUUCAGUGCUCUACUGAAGAAAAGAGACAGUUUUUUAAAAGCAUCACCGAGAUCUGUCCAGGUCAACACAGGGCCUGAAGUGGAUGUCUGGGAGAUCCUUCAGAAUGCGCCAGCCUCAGAGUAUGAGAAGAUUGCCUUCCAGUAUGGCAUCACUGACCUACGUGGUAUGCUGAAAAGAUUGAAGAAGAUGAAGAAGGAGGAGAAGAAGAGUGCAGCAUUUCUGAAGAAGCUGGAGCCAGCCUACCAAGUAGAGAAGGGUCACAAAAUCAAACUUGCCAUUGAAGUGGCCAACCCGGAUGCAGAGGUGAAAUGGUUGAAGAAUGGUCAGGAAAUCCAUCCAAGUGGGAGCAAGUACAUAUUUGAAAGCAUUGGCAACAAGCGGCUACUCACUAUUAAUCACUGUUCAUUGGCUGAUGAUGCUGCUUACACCUGUGUGAUCGGAGAUGAGAAGUGUUUCACAGAGCUAUUUGUCAAAGAGCCCCCUGUCCUCAUCUUGCAUAACCUGGAGGAUCAGAUGGUGAUGAAGGGAGAACGUGUGGAGUUUGAGUGCGAGGUGUCUGAGGAGGGAAGCCCUGUCAAGUGGGAAAAGGAUGGUGUCGAACUGACAAGGGAUGAGGCAUUCAAGUAUCGUUUCAAAAAGGACGGAAGGAAGCACGUGCUGAUCAUCAAUGAGGCCACCAAAGAGGACUGUGGCCACUACAAGGUGAAGACCAAUGGGGGAGAGUCCACAGCAGAACUGCUGGUGCAAGAGAAACAGCUGGAGGUUUAUCAGAGCAUUGCAGAUCUGACGGUGAAGGCCAAAGAAGAGGCAGUAUUCAAGUGUGAGGUUUCGGAUGAAAACGUGAAGGGCAUCUGGUACAAAAAUGGCGUGGAGGUGAAACCUGAUGCAAGGACUCACAUCACGCAUAUCGGCAGGAUCCAUAAGUUGGCCAUUGAUGAUGUCAAACCUGAGGAUGAGGGAGACUACACGUUUGUUCCUGAGGGAUAUGCAUUUAACCUCUCAGCUAAACUCAACUUUCUGGAGGUCAAGAUUGACUUUGUUCCUCGACAAGAUCCGCCAAAAAUCCACAUGGACUGUGUCGGCCACAUAGCCGAGUCUACCAUAGUGGUGGUGGCAGGAAACAAGCUACGGCUAGAUGUGCCCAUAACCGGAGACCCGGCCCCCACUGUGGUCUGGACUAAGUCUGAGAAGGGCAUAUCUAGUAAGCCGAGGAGCGACCAGUCCGCAGACGUGGAGUUCAUUGCCAAACUGAUGAAAGACGGGGAAGUAAUCACAAACGCUGACGGACGGAUCCACGUGGAGAGCACAAAGGGCCACUGCAUUUUCACCAUUGAGGGGGCGGAGCGGCAGGAUGAGGGCACCUACUCUGUCAUUGUCCGGAAUCCAGCGGGAGAAGACACUGCUGACAUCACCGUGAAAGUAGUUGAUGUACCUGAUCCUCCCCAGGCGCCUAAAAUCCUCAGUGUUGGUGAGGAUUCUUGUGUAGUGACAUGGGAGCCCCCACUGUUUGAUGGUGGCCAACCAGUCCUGGGCUAUGUUCUGGAGAGGAAGAAGAAGAAGAGCUAUCGCUGGAUGAGGCUGAACUAUGAUUUAUUCAAGGAGCUGACCUAUGAGGCCAAGAGGAUGAUUGAGGGCGUGGAAUACGAGAUGAGGGUCUAUGCAGUGAAUACUAUUGGCAUGUCUGGACACAGUCCUGCCUCCCAGCCAUUUGUGCCAAUUGCUCCUACCAGCGAACCCACUGGCCUGAGUGUGGAUGACAUCAGUGACACCACCAUUUCCCUAAAGUGGAGAGCCCCAGAGCGUAUGGGGUCCGCUCCCUUCGAUGGCUAUGGGGUUGAGUACUGCAAAGAAGGCACGGAUGAGUGGGUCCCGGCCUUCGAAGGUUUGAUAGAUCGCAACUCGGUCAUCAUCCGCGACCUCCCAACGGGUGAGAAGAUGCAGUUCCGCGUGCGGGCCUACAACCUGGCUGGCCCCAGUGAACCUGCCACUCUUGCUCAGGCUGUCACCAUCCAGGAAAUCAUGCAGCGCCCCAAAAUCUGGGUGCCUCGAAAUCUGCGUCAGACUUUGGUGAAGAAGGUCGGAGAAACAAUAAAUAUAGUGAUCCCCUUCCAGGGAAAACCUCGGCCUAAGGUUACCUGGACUAAAGAUGGGGAGCCUCUGGACCCUAAGAAGGUCAGCAUCCGGAACAGCGACACAGACUCCAUCCUGUUUAUUCGCACGUCCGACCACAAAGACACAGGGGGGUAUGAAGUGAAUGUGCAGAUUGAAAAUGUGGAGGACAAGGCCAAUGUCACCAUUCAGAUCGUGGACUUGCCAGGCCCACCUCAGAACCUAAAAAUUCAGGAUGUGUGGGGCUUCAACGUUGCUCUGGAGUGGAAACCACCAAAAAACAAUGGGAACUGUGAUAUCACUGGCUACACCAUCCAGAAAGCUGACAAAAAGACCAUGGAGUGGUUCAAUGUGUAUGAGCAUUACCGACGCACUAACUGCGUGGUGUCUGACCUCAUUAUGGGCAAUGACUACGUCUUCCGUGUCUACGCCGCCAACAUGGUGGGCCUGAGUCCGGAGCCCUGCUUCUCCAAGGAUAGCGCUUACAUCCAGAAGACAGGAAUAGUUUACAAGCCACCGGUCUACAAAGAGCACAACUUCUCAGAGGCCCCAAAAUUCACUCACCCAUUGGUGAACCGUUCAGUGAUAGCAGGGUACAACGCCACCUUGAGCUGCUCAGUGAGGGGAAUUCCAAAGCCCAAAGUGAUCUGGUACAAGAACAAAGUGGACAUUUCCAAUGAAGCCAAGUAUAGGAUGUUCAGCAAGCAGGGGGUCCUGACUCUGGAAAUUCGGAAGCCCUGCCCCUUUGACGGAGGCGUGUACACGUGCAAAGCCAUCAACGACUCUGGGGAAGACAUCGUAGAGUGUAAACUAGAAGUCCGAUCUCAAGUCACCAAAGAAGAUAUGAAGAAAUGAGCGAGGAUGCAGUUUCCUAGGCAACAGUGGCUGCCAAAGUCACUGGGGAAUCCCGGGCAAGCUCACGCAGGACGACCGUGAUCUUUCAGAAGAGUAUUUUAUCGGAAUUAAUUCAUGUUCAUUCAUUCACACUACGCCGUAUUGCAGUUUGUGUUCUUGUGUGUCAUAGGACCCCCAGUAGUGAGAUGGCAUGAUCUCGUUGAGAGAAUUAGUUCUUUGAGUAAUGUAGCACAUGAAGCUAAAAUGGUGACAUAACUUGCAGUUGUUCAACCACUGAUCCAUCUUUCUGAGAAAGUGGAGCAACCACAGCAUUUCGUUUUAUGUUAAUGUUUCUGAGCACCUUAGGAUAUAUGUAUUCCUGCUUAAUUUAUGAAAUAAACCUGGCGCUCAUUGAC